CGGAAGAUAGCUUCCUGAGACAAUAUCUCCGGCUCCCUCUUUCUCUGGCAAGAUUGCACGAGGGCAAAGUCAACCAAUGAGUGUUUCCAAUCUGUUGAUGAUUUACAGGGGCCAAGACGAAAGAGCAACAAGGCCUCCAAAGCUACAAAAGGGACCUGCAAAAAAGGGCAAAGCGUGAACCCCCCCGGCGGUCGCACAAUCGACGCUGACUGGCCACCUCCAAUUUGGCGCAUAGAUAAACGUGCCAGAUCGAUAGGGCAUUUGGAGGCUUGGCGGCGAUACUGGACGGUUAUGGCCAUGGCAAAUUAUAGGGAUAGACCUUUUGCCAAGGGGAGAGAACUCAGCGCGGAAUCGCUUUCGGUGACCUUUUGGGUCUUUUGCGCCGGGGCCAAAUUGGUGUAGAUCCAGGAUAGGUAGGUAACCCAGAGAGAGUCUUGGAGGCUAUCGUGAAUACAAAUAGCUGAGCGCGGCCUUGUCGAUCAUCUUUUGAGAGCAGGGCAGUUCAAGUGUUUCUCGACUCAUCUUCAUCAUGAAGCUUCAAUUCUUCGUCUCUUCCCUCAUCAGCCCUCUGGCUGCGGCGUUGACCAUUGCUGAGAUCAAUGGCAACAGCUAUCUCUCUUCCUACGCUGGCAAGAAUGUCACUGGUGUAGAGGGUCUCGUCACAGCUGUUGGCAGCUCUGGCUUUUACCUGCGGUCAACAAAGCCUGAUCGUAGCUCUGCUACCUCCGAGGGACUGUACAUCUUUGGAAAAUCGGCUGUGAGCAGCGCCUCUGUGGGAGAUGUCAUCACACUUGAUGGUCUCGUUGAGGAGUACAGGUCCAACAAAGACUAUGUCUAUCUCACUGAGAUCUCUUCGCCCAGAAACAUUAUUGUUAAGUCCUCUGACAACAAAUUCAAGCCCAAGGUUAUUGGCAAGGACACCGGUAAUCCUCCUGGCAAGCAAUUCUCUAAGCUUGAUGACGGCAAUGUUUUUGCUGUUCCCAACAACGAGUCUCUCAUCUCGGUGUCCAACCCCAAACUACAACCUAACACAUACGGUCUUGACUUUUGGGAGAGUCUUGUUGGUGAGCUUGUCACUGUCCCUAAGGCGUAUGCUCUCAGCCGACCCAACAACUUUGGCGAUUUCUGGGUCAGGGGCAACUGGAAGGUUUCUGGUCUGAACAAGCACGGUGGUCUUACCAUGGUCGGCAACGAUGCCAACCCUGAGGCCAUUAUCAUCGGCUCACCUCUCGAUGGCACCAAGAACCCUAGUGGCACCAAGCUCGGCGACUACGUUGGUGAUAUCACUGGCGUGGUCUCAUACGCCUUUGGCUUCUAUCGCAUUCUUCCCCUGACUGCCACCAAGGUCAGCAAGCCUUCCAACGCUGAGCACCCUGCCGUCAGCUUCACCAGCAAGGGCUCUUGCAAGGGCAUCACAGUUGCAGACUACAACACCGAGAACCUCAACCCUGCUUCUGCUCACUUGCCCCUUGUCAUCAAGCAGAUCGUUGAGAAGCUGCGAACUCCUGACCUUCUUUUCCUCCAGGAAGUUCAGGACAACAGCGGCGCUACCAAUGAUGGCGUCGUUUCCGCCAAUCAGACUCUCGCUGCCUUGGCCGACGGUAUUGAGGAGUCCAGCGGUGUUGUUUACGAAUGGGCUGAGGUCGAACCUGACAACAACGAGGAUGGUGGUCAGCCCGGCGGUAACAUUCGCCAAGCUUAUCUCUACCGUCCUGAUAGAGUUGAGCUCGUCAAGCCCAAUCAAGGUGGACCUAACGACGUCAACGCCGUUGUCGAUGGUCCCUCGCUCAAGUACAACCCUGGACGAAUUGACCCUGCCAACCCUGCCUGGGAUGAUAGCCGCAAGCCUCUCGUAGCUGAGUGGAAGCCUGUCAAGGGUACAAAGAAGUCUUUCUUUACCGUCAACGUCCACUUUGGUAGCAAGGGUGGCUCGACUUCCCUGCAUGGAGAUGCUCGCACUCCUGUGAACAAGGGUGUCGAGAAACGCACCAAGCAAUCCGAAAUUACUGCUAACUUUAUCGCAGAGAUCCUCAAGAAGGACAAAAAGGCCCACGUUAUUGCCGCUGGUGACUUUAACGAAUUUGCCGCCGUUGCACCCCUUCAGACUUUCGUCAAGACAUCCGGUCUUGUUGAUGCUGAUGAGGCUGCCAAGAUUCCUGAGACAGAGCGAUACACAUACCUCUUUGACAGUAACUGCCAGGCUCUGGAUCAUAUGUAUAUCAGCAAAGAGUUGCGCAGGAGCAUCAAGUAUGAGCAUCUGCAUAUCAACACUUGGCAGAAUACGGCUGGUGAGGUCAGCGAUCACGACCCUAGCGUUGCUAUGUUUGAUUUGUGUUAGAUACAAUGAUACAGCAUAUGAUUAUAUAAAUAGGCAGUUAGAUCCGCUUGCAUCAUCCCUAAACAUAGAUUUUAUCGAAUGGGUGUACCAUAGCCAUGAG